AUGCAUCUCCGGACGGUGGACCGCAUUGAGCUGCCGCCCGCGGCGGACAUGCAUGUCCACAUGCGCCACGGCGACCUGAUGAAGCUGGUGGCGCCGACCGUCCGCCAGGGUGGCGUUGACACGGCUUUUGUCGUAGGAUGCCGAAUCUGGUGUGUCCCGAUGGCGCGGUACCCAGGUGGACUUGUGUGCCGGAUCGAGCACGGCGCGGUCAGCGACAGCAUGCUAACAGCACAGGUGCCGCCAUUGACGACAGUUGAGCGGGUGCUUGAGUACAAGUCCGAGCUCGAGGCGGCGGCCCCCGGCGUCAACUUUCUGAUGUCUCUUUUCCUCCACCCGACCAUCACGCCCGAGGUCAUUGCCCAGGCCUCUGCGGCGGGCAUCACGGGUGUCAAGCUGUACCCGCAGGGCGUGACCACCAACUCGGAUGCCGGCGUGGCCGAUAUGAAGGCUUUCUACGACACGUUUGCGGCCAUGGAGAAGCACGACAUGGUCCUCAACAUCCACGGCGAGGUGCUCGAGUCGCUCGCACCUCCUGGCACCACGCUCGAGGAGGCGUUCCUGCCCACCCUCAAGUCCCUGCACGAGCGCUUCCCCAAGCUGCGCAUUAUCCUCGAGCACUGUUCCACGGCCGCGGCGGUCGAGGCCGUCAAGGCCUGCGGCCCGACGGUGGCGGCCACCAUCACCGCCCACCACCUGUACCUCACCGAGACGGACGCCUGCUGCGACCCGUUUGCGUUCUGCAAGCCCAUCCCCAAGAAGCCCACCGACCGCGACGUUCUCGUGCGCACCGUCGCCGCGGGCGACCCCAAGUUCUUCUUUGGCAGCGACUCCGCGCCGCACCUGCGGCAGACAAAGACGGACGCCGCGCCCGGCAAAGCCCCGGCCGGCGUCUUUACGCAGCCGUUUGCCACGCAGCUGGUCGUGCGGGGCCUGCAGGACGGCAUCGCGCGCGGCGUGCUUGCCGAGGACGCCAUCUCCGAGGCGACGCUGGCCAACUUCUUGAGCCACCAUGGCCGGGCGUUUUACAAGCUCCCUGCCGUGGCGGAGACGUCGACCCAGAAGAUUGUGCUGGUGCGCGAAGGCGCCACGAUCCCGCCGAGCGUGCGCAGCGCCGACGGCCGCGUGGAGGUGGGCAACUCGCGCGCGGGCGACGAGGUGUUUACGCUCAAGUGGGAGGAGAGGUAG